AUGAUAUCCAACAGAACAAUCUUACAAAUCAAAACCAAAACAAAUCCCCUUUCACUCAUAAUUUCCCUCUUCCUCUUCUUCUCCAUCUCUCCCCCCUUCCACUGCUUCAAAAUCACGACUCAACUCAUCCACCGCGACUCCUACUUCUCUCACCUCUACAACUCCACCGCCGACCGUGCUAGAAGGAUCAUCAAAGCUACCCUCGCCCGCUAUGGUCACCUGAUCUCAUCGAAUGACGACACGCCGAUGGGUGUCGACAUCGAGGCCAGUGGGACCUGGGGGAUCAAGUACAACAUAUUCUAUGUCAACUUAUCCAUCGGCAACCCGCCGGUGCCGCAGCUGGCCCUGAUGGACACCGUCAACGACUUGUUGUGGGUGAAAUGCCCGCUGUGCAGUCCUUACUCUACCAGCUCUGGAGCCACAUACUUUUACUCCUUCAAUUCCAAGACUUACUCCCACUCCCUUGUUACAGAUGAUGUUUUCUGCUUGGCUGUUGUUAGGUCAAAGGAUGCGAGUGUUAUUGGGAUGAUGGCUCAACAAGGUUACAAUGUUGGGUAUGAUCUGAAAGAAAUGACA